AUGGUUCGAAAUAAUUUGAUUGGCCCAUUUAGAUCACGUGGCAAAAGGAACAAGAAGUUGAAGAUGGCUGCUUUAGGAAAUCUGGGAAGUGGGUCCACGGCCGCUGUUAAAGACAUGUUUGAAGCACCAGAUAGUAAGAUCGGCAAUGCUCCCAUGAUGGAGGUCCAGUGGGCCCUGAAGUCAUACAGCCAUGCAGAAACAUACUUUAAUCUGAUCACAUCUGUCGACCCAAAGCUGUUGAAACUUACAAAGAAGGAUAAUGAAAUCUAUGCACAUUUUCGUGAAGACUUUAAAGAUGUGGUCAUAAAUAAAAUAGAUGAAGACUCAUUGAAAUCACCAGAUUCUAAAAAAAAAUGGCGUAAGUUCUGUGAGGAGUAUCGGGGGGAGGUAGAAGACUACAACUUUGGCACCCUUCUAAGAAUUGACUCAACUGAAGAUAUAUCUGAUAAAAAUACUUGUAUUGUACCAAGAGUGCAGUUCCUUGCUAUUGAGAUAGCCAGGAACAGAGAGGGUUACAAUGAUAGCCUCAGGCAGAAAUAUAAAAAUACAAACAAAAAUAAAACUAAGGACAGUAAUGGUAUUAGUGAUUCUGAUAUAACUAUAGCUGACUCUGAAAAUACAAUCAAGCAGGCUUUGGAAAAUGGAUUUAAAUUAUAG